AUGAAGUCCUUCAUCGCAAUCACCCUCCUCUCCCUCGCGGCGACCCUCUCCAGCGCCGCGCCCACCCCCGUCUGCAGCCCACAAAGCACCGCAACCGUCGUCAAAACCGUGACCGUCGACGGGCCCAGUCCCACGCCCGUCUCCGAUGCGGCAACGCCCUUCGCAACACCCACCGGCCCGCCCGUCACCCCUCCACUCCCACUCCAAGGCUACCAGCUGCCCGUGAUGCUCCCCAACGGCGUCACUGCGCUCGGCGCCUAUCUGCAAGUCUCCGUUGAGGCCGCGCAGCCCGACACCACAAUCUUCGAGACGAAGCAGAUCGGCCCCGACACCUACAUGGCGUUCGAGUUCAACUCGACUCACGCGGGCAAGAAGUGCCGCUUCCACUUUGCCUUCUCCGCCGGCGACGGCACGAACGGGUACGGGUCGCAGGAUGUAUAUGCGCUCAUCAGCGGCGAGGUCACGGAUAAGACUACGUACAAUAACAAACCGGUCUCGGGUGCUACGAGGAUUGCGAGUUUUCUGCCGGGGCCGAAGGAUGACCAGCAGGAGAGGCUGCAGUUGGGCGAUGCUUCGAAUGGGGACUCGCUGCUGCUCACGGCGGAGAAGACGGAUUUUGAUUGUCCUACCAAGCCUACCGGGUAUGAGGUUAGGGGCGCGGGCACGAUCAAGAGCAGCGCAAACUGGAGCUGGAAUCACGGGCUCAUCAUCGAGGUCUUGGAUGAGUCGAAGCCGUGGGCUGAUGGCGAGAAGUGGUAG